AUGGCUAUAUUUUUGAAACCAUUUGCAACGAUCAACUUUAUCCUUGGUACUAGUAUUAUAGCUGUCGGCGUUGUUGGCUUGUCCUAUGGACUCGAUUCACGGGCAUCGAUCCACAAAUACGUGACCAUUCCUCUUCUUCACUGGACUAUGGACCCAGAAACGGCUCACAAGUUUGCCAUCAAGACUCUCAAGAUGGGUCUCUCCCCAUGGGAUACACAACAAGAUGACCCUUCAUUGGAAGUCAAGCUCUGGAACAAGACUUUUUCUAACCCUGUUGGAAUGGCUGCAGGAUUCGAUAAGCACGCAGAGGCAAUUGAUGGGUUGUUUGACCUUGGAUUCGGUUAUGUUGAGAUUGGCAGCGUCACCCCUGAACCCCAACCUGGAAACCCUCAACCUCGUAUGUUCCGUCUACCGGAGGAUAAAUGUGUGAUCAACCGGUAUGGAUUCAAUUCAGAGGGCCAUAAAGUUGUGGAGUCUCGUCUUCGUCAGCGCAUCAAACGUUUCUUGCUCUUGGCAGUCAAUUUGGGUAAAAACAAGACUUCGACUCCAGACUCUGUAACUGACUAUGUUGUUGGCGUGGAGCGCCUCGGUCCUUAUGCAGAUGUCCUCGUGGUCAAUGUCUCGUCCCCCAAUACACCAGGAUUAAGAUCAUUGCAACGUAAAGGUAUGCUGGAGGGUCUAUUGCGCGAAGUGAUCAAUGCUCGUGACCGUUUGCAGUCAUCUUACAAACCUCCAUUGCUGGUCAAGAUCGCACCGGAUCUAUCGGAUGAGGAACUGGAGGAUGUUUCGGAGGCAGCGUUGGCUACGAAUGUAGAUGGUAUUAUUAUUUCCAACACCACAAUCUCGAGACCCAAGACUCUGAUCAGCAAGGAGAAUGCUAAGGAAAUUGGAGGAUUAUCAGGACCUGUAGUCAAGCCUUUGGCUUUGAGAGCUUUGCGCCAAGUGUAUAAGCAUACUGAAGGAAAGAUUCCCUUAGUAGGCUGUGGUGGUAUUUCGACUGGCGAGGAUGCACUCGAAUAUGCAAGAGCAGGAGCCAGUAUGGUGCAAUUGUAUAGCAGCAUGUCUUAUGAAGGACCAGGAAUAGUUCGUGCAAUUAAGGAUGACAUUGUAAAGAGAUUGAACGGACGGAAAUGGAUGGAUAUCGUGGGUGAGGAUGUUAAGAAGAGUAAAUAA